AUGAGCGAAUCUCAAAGCGACCAGCAGAAGGAUGUGCCCGCUUCAGCGGCGACAACCAAGGCGGGCGGACGAAAGAAGACCCGACCCACCUAUUCAUGCCUCAACUGUCACAAACGGAAAGUCAAGUGCGACAGGGUAAAGCCAUGCGGUGCCUGUUGUCUUCGAGGGACUCCGUCGGAGUGUGAAUACGGCACCAGCAAGCGAGAUCGCCACUUCAUCCAGCAGUCGGUUCUGAUCGAGAAUCUGAUGCAAACAUGUGAGGAUCUGAAGAAGAAGCUGGCCGAAGCUCGAGCGCUGGCCAAUCUUCCGCCGAUCAAGCACGAGGAUCCAUUCUCAGUCUCGUCGCCACAUGAUCUCGAGAGGACGAUGGACGCGGACGAAGAGUCGCAAGACCCGGAGCCUCAAGAUUCCUCGUUGAUCAAAAACUCGGCCGAUCCAUUAGGUGGAUUAGACUCUGAGAAUACCAAUAUACCAUGGAAAACAGAUCAGUCGUCUCGGUCGCUCUUCGAAGACAAACGGAUCCUGACCGACCCCGCGGUUGCUAGUUCGUUCGUGGAACUCUUCGUCGAGCGACUCAUUGACAAUUUCAGCCCGCAGCCGGCCUCCAUCUACGGCGGCACCAUUGCUCUGCGCGAGGCAUCUGGCAUGCGAGUUCUGUCGCCUAUGCUGUGUACGGCAUUCGAGGCUGCCUCCCUGACGUUCGCCGGUCGACGAGAACAGAUGCCCGAGGUGGAAGCUGCAGGACAUGCUCGCUACGUCCGGGUGCUCCGGCAACUGCAGAACGCCCUAAACGAUCCCAAACAGAACAAGUCGACGGAAGUGAUGGUUGUUGUGUUGUUGUUCACCAUAAUCGAGGCCUUCAAACAAAGCUCCAAACACUCCUUGUUGAAGCAUCAACUCGGCGGACUGCAAUUGCUGCAAGCGCGGACGCCAUACCGACACCGUUACGGGAUCGAUCGGUCGCUGUACGUCGAUCUCCGCUUAUACUGGGUAGGUAUUCACUCUCAAUUCAGGACCGCGCUGACCGGCCAGGUUACCGCUGCGCUCGUCCAACGCAAACCCACCUUCCUCGCGAGCAAGGAGUGGCUUACGGUGCCAUGGCCAGGAGAUGCGCCGUCCAAAGAUAUCCUCCACCGACUGCUGGACAUCGCGGUGGACAUCCCCGCGUAUCUCGGGCAGAUCGACGACUUCGCCGCGGCCCUCCGGUCCGGGACCGCGACCUCGACUGACCUCGUCGCGCAGCAGACCGCCAUCUGGGACCGCGCGACGGAACUACAGUCACGCCUGAACCUGUGGAAGAGCAUGUUCGCCGACACCUAUCCCCCGGGGCCAGCAUGGGAGGAGCCCGCACCUGAUCCAGCGACCAAGCCCGAAUCCGAAAUCGAAAUCGAAACCACGCCCAGCUUCCCGACAUUCAUGUGCCGGGACCCGGCAACAAUGGACCUGGUGCCGGCCAAGCUGCUCGUCUACCCGGACCUGCUGUCCGCAACCUGCAUGACCUACUACUGGGCGCUGCAUCUGAUCGUCUCGACGACGGACAGCGGGCUGGGGAGCGUGCUGGGGCUGCAGGAGCGGUACCAGUAUGCGUGCAACAUCUGCCGCAGCAUGAAGUACUACGUCGAGACUAUCCCGGGGUGCUUGGUGUCGCGGACGAUGUUUGUGCUGCGGACGGCGUUUGAUGCGUUUGCGGACGGGAUGGUUGAGAAGGAGUUUGUCACGGAGGUGUUUCGGCAUAUCGCGGACAAGUUCAAUUUUGCGGUUUUUGCGAACCAGUGCGCGUCGUCUUCGGUUAGGGGGUAG